CACAGGCCUAGACCUGACCUAGCAUGCCUAUGCCCCAAUUCCUUCCCCGCGAUGUUUGGCAGACAGGCCCACCUCGGCCGCACAGUCUCGCGGAGAUCGAGCAGGCGUGAAGACCCUGCUAGCUGUACCUUCGCCUGACAGCAGCACCGAGGGCACCGUAGAUAUAUAUAGUUACAGGGCUGUGUGUUCCAUUAAAGUUCUUUGAGGGAAAAUGGUCUCCUCAAGAUGGUUCUUCUUCCUUGUUGCACUGGAAGGACUCGUAAUGUCGCCGGGGGAGGUGGCUUACCCGUCGCCCUUCCCACAGGAGAAAGAAGCUGAUUAUUGGUAUAAACUGGCCAAGGACGAUAUUUACGAGGCCCUUCACCGACCGAGGAAUGAAGGAGUUGCUAAGAAUGUCAUCCUCUUCCUGGGUGAUGGACUGGGUAUCACGGUGGGCACAGCAAGCAGGAUUCUGAAGGGUCAGCGCCAAGGGUAUUCAGGAGAAGAAGGGUAUCUGCUGUGGGAAAGGUUUCCUAAUAUCGGUUUGGUUAAGACUUACAACAUAGACAAGCAAGUGUCGGACAGCGCGGGCACAGCAACGGCGUAUCUGGCGGGUGUGAAAGGGAACUACAGGACCCUGGGCGUGAAUGGGAAGGUGGAAGAAGGUGACUGCGCAGGAUCCCUCAAGCCAGAGAACCGGCUUGAUUCAAUCCUGAAGUGGGCUCAGGAUGCGGGGAAGGAUACAGGUUUAGUAACGACAGCCCAGGUAACCCACGCAUCGCCAGCUGGUCUGUACGCCAAAACCCCGAGCCGCUAUUGGCAGUGUGACACCAAGAUGGCUAAGGCUGGAGAACAUACGAGAGCUUGUAAGGACAUCGCUCGCCAGCUUGUGGAGGACGAGCCGGGGAGAAAUAUCAAUGUGAUCUUCGGAGGCGGGCGGCAGGAGCUCGGGGCGCCCACCUUAGCGGAAGCCAAAACCAAGUGCCCGAGGUCAGACGGGCGGGACCUGGUGGAGGAGUGGGCGGCGGAGAAGAGGGAGCAGGGGAAGACGGCCGCUUACGUCACGUCGGCCGGGAUGCUGCGCGACCUGGAGGUGCAGGACGUCGAUUACAUCAUGGGGCUCUUUGGGGAGAUCCACCUGCCCUACGAGAUCGACGAGGAGGAGGACGCCCCUUCCCUGGCGCAGAUGGUGCAGGCGGCCAUCAGGAGGCUCAGCAGGAACAAGGAGGGAUUCUUCCUCAUGGUGGAAGGCGCCCGGAUCGACCACGCCAUGCACGACGGCCAUCCGAAGAGGGCGCUGACGGAGGUCCUGGCCAUGGAGGAUGCGCUGCAGAAGGCGCUCGACCUCGUGAACCUGCAGGAGACGCUGAUUGUCGUCACAGCUGACCACUCGCACGUCAUGACCAUGAACGGGUAUCCGCAGCGGGGAAAUGAUAUCUUUGGCGUAGUGGAAAACAACCCUGAUGUAACAGACGGAAUGCCUUACACAACACUUAUGUUUACAACUGGCCACGGGUUCAACUACACGUGGGAUGGCGAGAAGGUGAUGCGUCGGAACCUGACCGGCGUGGACACGAAGGAUAAGGACUUUGAACCUCUUGCAGCCGUCCCCACGGUCUUCGGGGAGGAGACGCACGGCGGGGAGGACGUGGCUGCUUUUGCUGUUGGUCCCAUGGCACACCUCUUCCACCGCAUUCACGAGCAAACAUAUGUGGCGCAUGUGAUGGCCUAUUCCUCAUGCGUCGGUCCUUACAGCCACUGCGACAGACCGAAGCCACAUAGUCACAAGAAGGAUGACAUUGAGGAGGAGAAAGGCACUGGAGAACAGGCAGGUGAACACGAUGGAGAGCAAGGCGAAGAACAAACCCAUACGGAACACGUUGGGAGCAGUCACGGCAUGGAUGAGGAAGAAGAACACGCCGAACAUACUGAAGAACAUGGGGCUGAACAUUCAGAGUCUACGAAGACAGAACCUGCCGAAAGUGAACAAGAAGAACAUCAUCCUACUGGUGAGUACGACCACGCCGAAGAACACGUGACAGACGACGACCACACUGAACACCACAUUGUCGAGAUCGUGCCACUAGAACAGGAUAACGAUUCAGAAAACGAAAACAUUCCCCAAGAAGAAGAGGAGGAAAGAGACGAAGAAGAGGGAGAAGAGAGCACGGAUAAGGCAAAAGGCGAGGAAAACGAGGAAUCGGACGAAGAAAACGGAACCGGAGGAGGAAAGAGCCAAGCAAAACACACAGAACAGGAAGAAGUAGAAGAAGGAGAUGAAGAAAAAGAAGAAAAAGAAGAAGAAGAAGAAGAAGAAGAAGAAGAAGCAGAAGAAGGAGAAAAAAAACCUAAUUACAUCGUGAAUAAAAUCAAAGCCCCAAGAGAGCGAGGAGCUGCAUCUUCCAUCGUUCUUAAUUACGUUUUGUUCCUUUUAACAACAUUUAGUGCAGUUUGGAUGGCUGGGUAACAAUGAGAAUAAUUAUACCAUCUAAAUUGCAUCUUCGCCAGUUAGAUGGUUUAGCUGUAAGGAUCCACUACAUAUAAUAAAUGCGAACGUACA